CAAUAUAUCAAUUGUUCAAUUGUUGAGGUCAACAAUUCAGUCGCAAAUUCGCAAACGAUCCAUCUAGACGUGAGAAAGAGUUUCUGAAGGUUUACAAAAUAAUAAUUAAUAUCAGAGUUAAGUUUGACCUUGUGGAUCCAAUUUCAUAAAACAAAAUGCAUGUUUUUGAGUUAAGAAAUUUGAGGGAUGAUUCUUACAGAUGCGAAUGGUGCGGCGAGAAGUUUAAUACGCAAUCAGCGUUACAACAGCACAUUAAUAAAGAACAUACACCCCGAAAUAACGGUGCUGGUUCAAAUGAAACAUUUAAGUAUGAAGAGUUUUUGAUGAACGUGUAUGAUGAUGUGCGUUACAAAUGCCGAUAUUGCGGCAUGUUGUUUGAAACGGAAUCAGAUUUAGAAGAACACAUUAAGGAAUGGCAUACAGGCCAUGGUAAUUGUGCUGGUUCCGGUGAAACAUUUAAGUACGAAGAGUAUUUGAUGAAAGUGUUUCUUGAUGUGGUUUACAAAUGCCGAUAUUGCGGCAUGACAUUUAAAACGGAAUCAGAUUUAGAAGAUCACAUUAAGCAAUGGCAUACACCCAUGCCUAAUGGUGAUAGUUCAGGUGGAUCGUUUAAAUACAAUAAGCACGGGACAACAUGCGGAGAACCUUUUAACGUAGAUCAGAACAUUCCUCUUUCUGAUUCCACUUCCUGCGAAAUGUUUUCACUAUUUGAAAAAUUACGAAUAUAUCCCGAAAAAUCUGAAAAAUUAAAAUCGGAAAAUGAAACUAAAAAAGAAUGUCUCAAAAUUUUUAAAGAAAGUAAAGAUGAGGAAGAUAUAAAAGGUCAAGGCCCUAAAAACAAAGAAAACAAUGAAGCAGAAGAAAAGCAAGAUCAAGCAGGUCAUCAGGAAUUUUCUCCAGCAAGUGCAGAAAAAAAUCGUCAAUUGGAAAAUUAAAAAUUUCAGAUUGAGAUUGAGAUUGGAAAACUUUCAAAAUUAAUUAUAAUUAUUAAAAUUGGCUUGUUUUUCGCAAAAUUUACAAAGCUAAAAGCAUUCGAUAUAAUUAGCUCUGCUCCAUAAAUUUUAUUAUAAAUGUGAUACAAACAUUUUCUAAAUUCAAAAUUGUACGUGUUUAUCAAUAAAAUUAAUUCUGAUA